AGAAAGCAGCAUCAGUAGUUUAGUCAGUGAGUCAGACAGCCCUUCUUUCGGGCUCAGAUCCACACCGGGAAUAUUUCACACCGCACAGCUGCUUCAUACUGUAUCUCCCUCUUGGGCUUCAGUACAGAAAGAUUCCUCGGACUAAUGCAAUUACUGAAAAACAAUGGAUAAGCGAAACUGCAAAACUGCGAUACAGACACUUUUUUUGCAUUUCACAUUCAUUGACGAGUGAGUAGAAUCUUUUUAUUUUCAUUUUGCACAGAAACCUUUUGCUGGAUUAUGUUUGCGUGAAAUCAGACGGUACGGGCAUUUCACUUUCGGCUACUGUAGUUUGUAAGAAUGAGCGUGCAGUGGAUUCAUAACCCGGUAACGUUACCGGGAAGACACGGACACAAGCGCUUUGACACAGACGAGCCCGUGAGCAGAUGUCCGCGGCUCAGCGAGUCCUCGGCAGAUGCGGGUCUCCUGGGAUCCUCACCGGGAUCUCCGGUAAGCGGAGCGCCUCUGAGCGUCACCUCAGCUCACCAGGGUCCCGCUCGCAUCGGCCAGUUCCUGUUGGUGCCCCUGACCGACCGACCGGGGGUGCAGAGCGCUUUAGAUAUGGACACAGGAGAGGAACUGCUCUGCAAGGUGUUUGAUAUGGGCCAAUACCAGGAGAAAAUAAGAGCCUACAGCAUGCUGUCAAAUCAUAAAAACAUUGCACAGAUCAAAGACAUAGUUCUUGGGGAGAGCAAAGCCUAUGUGUUUCAGGAGAAGGAUUUUGGCGACAUGCACACAUUUGUAAAGAGCAGCAAGAGGCUUUCUGAAGACUUGGCAUCCAAGCUUUUCUACCAGGUUGUAUCUGCAGUGAAUCAUUGCCACCAGGUCGGCAUUGUUCUGGGAGACCUCAAGCUCCGCAAGUUUGUGUUCACAGAUGAGAAAAGGACUCAUUUGAAAUUGGAGGGUCUGGAGUACUGCCAUGUUCUGUGUGGAGAGGACGACUCAAUGUUCGACACGCACGGCUGCCCUGCGUACGUGAGUCCUGAGAUACUGAACGGUGGAGGCUGCUACUCGGGCAAGCAAGCAGACGUGUGGAGCCUUGGUGUAAUGCUGUACACAAUGCUGGUGGGCCGCUAUCCUUUCCAUGACGCAGACCCUGCAACCCUAUUCUCUAAGAUUCGACGAGGCACAUACUGCCUCCCGGAUGGACUGUCUUUAACGGCGCGCUGCUUGCUUCGCAGUCUCCUCAGAAAAGACCCCGGUGAAAGACUGACCGCCGCCGAGGUGCUUAUUCACCCGUGGUUCAACAGCAACAUUCAGGACAGCCGAAAUCCAGAACAGGAGGUGAACCUCAGAGAACAGACAGUGCCCCAGAUAGAAAUGGAGCAGGACGAGGAUCUGUUCUCCUGAGGAAAGCAAUACACAGUAGCUUGAAUGUGGACCAAAUAUGGUGUUUUGUUUUCUUAUACAGAUUUUGUAAUAGAUUCAGAAGUAUACACUCACUCGAAGUACUGUAUCAUCCGUGUCGGGUUUAAGGACUGUGUGUUAUGAAGUCUUUUGGUGCUAGUGAACCGUUCUCGUGCUGUGUGAAGUGUAUGAGACUGGGCAUUAUGGGUCAGGUGAUAAUAAUAAUAAUGAGUAGGUAAUGGUGACUAACCUCAGCCUAUGGGCCAGAUCUGUUCCAACUCUUACUGUCUAAACUAGUCGACUCAUCACUGAAUUAUGCAGUACAAAAGAUAUAGGUCUCUUGACCUAUAACAGAUGUUUUCAACUAAAAACCAAAAACACUGUUUGCGUUUUGGCAGUUCAUUUACAGAAUAACAGCAUUUUAAGGACCUGAAUUCAAUGGGUUUCAAAGUGUAAUUUUUUUUGUCAUGCGCAUUAUUUAUUCAGUCUGCAGGCAUGUGUGAGUACUUGACAACCAAAACAACAAUGGUGGAUUACAUGGGUUCGUUCUUCAUACCUCGCUUAAAUGAUUGACAAAUCCUGGAUCUUUUAAUCUUGAUAACUGAUUUCUGGAGAUUAGAAUGUCUAGAUGAACGGAACUGAGAUCGCUGCGUGUGUUGUGAAGGACAGAUCUAUCGAUCCUCAAAAUCAGGAUCAUAAAUGACAUCAUCUGAUUAAUAUUCAAUUAUGACUGCCCCAUGGCAGUCUUUGUCUUUUUAUUUCGGAGUGCAGAUUGUUUUAUUUAUAUAUUUUUUAAACUUACAUUGCUAUAUAUACACUUGCUAUAUACAAGUGCUACAUACACUAUAUACACUAUAUACAAGUGC